CGGCGCUCCCGCGGGCUGCUGCGGCCGCGCGAGCCGGAGUUUCCCGGUUACCCGUAGGAGUCGGCGUCGGGCUUCGGGCUCCGUUGUCGCUGGCGGCGGCGGGGAGCAGCCUUCUCCGGAGAACCCGCCCCGAGCCCAGGUAUCCCGCGGGGAGCAGCCUUCUCCGGAGAACCCGCCCCGAGCCCAGGUAUCCCGCGGGGAGCAGCCUUCUCCGGAGAACCCGCCCCGAGCCCAGGUAUCCCGCGGGGAGCAGCCUUCUCCGGAGAGCCCGCCCCGAGCCCAGGUAUCCCGCGGGGAGCAGCCUUCUCCGGAGAGCCCGCCCCGAGCCCAGGUAUCCCGCGGGGAGCAGCCUUCUCCGGAGAACCCGCCCCGAGCCCAGGGAAAACAGAAUGAAGGAACUAGUGUCCAACAGUACAACCAGUAUUUCUCAAGCCAGGAAAGCUGUGGAGCAGUUAAAAAUGGAAGCAUACAUGGAUAGAAUGAAGGUAUCCAAGGCUGCAGCAGAUUUAUUGGCGUAUUGUGAUGCACACAUUGGAGAAGAUCCCCUUAUUAUUCCAGUACCUGCAUCUGAAAAUCCCUUUAGGGAGAAGAAACUCUUUUGUACUAUCCUUUGAGUCAGUUUUUAAUUAAAAAUGUCAUCUGCUAAAACUUGGUAUCAGUGUUGCAUGCUGUUAGCAUUGUUUUCUUCAGAUGUCAAGACUUACCCCAUAACUACAAUAUUUUUGGAAGGGAGUGCAAUUUCUGCUAAAAAGCCCCCCAAAAAUUAAAAAAAAAAAAAAAAACAACAAAAAAACAAACACCACCAAACCAACAAAAAACACCUAAAAAAUUCAGGUAAUACUUAUCUUUCAGAGCAAUGUACAAGUUUAAUUUCAGUUCUUCAUAAAUGUUCUUUUGGUCUUAAUGAAAAUAUCAAGUACAGUAUCAAAUUGUAGAUAUCUUUGCCAGUCAUAGAUUUUUCUGGGAUCUAAAUGAGUCAUACCAAUUCUUGAAGCUAUUUUUAACAUUCUUAUUUUCUUUGGAAGGUGAAUUCAAUUCAACUGCCUUUACAAAUUUCUAGCUAAAGAGUGUAGUGUGACCUUUUCCUCAAGUAGCACUAUUUAGGAAAAAGUCCCAGUGAUUUACAAUGUUUAGAGUGAUCGGUCUUAUACAGUGAGUGGUGUCUAUAAAUAUGUUUUCUGAGGACUGUAAGAAACCUGACUACAACAACAAUCCUAGUAAAGUGCCGUUGUAGCUACGAGCAGAAUGAAGAUGUAUAGUCACACACCAGGAAAUGCAUCAAUAAAACUGUAGAAAAAU